CAGGAUCUUAGUUCCCUGACCAGGGAUUGACCCUGAGCCUUCAGCAGUGAAAGCGCCGAGUCCUAACCGUUGGACUGCCAGGGAAUUCCCAGAGUUGCCCUUUUUGAAUUGUAAAAUAUUCAUCCCUCCAACAGUUUAUAAACACCUUAAAAUUAGACACCAAAACAAAAUCCUUAUACUGACCUUUAUAUCUCUGUAUAGUCACUGCUUUGAAUAUAGCAGGCACCAAAUAAGUAGGAACUGUGUGAUUCUCAUAGAACUUGUUUCUAGGACUCGGGCUUGUAUGAAGAGGAGGAGGUGCCAUGGCUCUUAGUGGCCACUAGAGGCUCUCAGGGCUGGGCAGGUUAUGGGGGCUGUGUAUAUGUGAUCUCCCACUACCCCCCACCUGGCCAGAGCUAAAAUAAUAAAAUGCUGAGCUCACUGUUCCCCCACCCUCUCCCCCGUCGCUGGGCUUCUCCUGCUGCCAGGACAGUGCUCCAGUAGAACAGACAGACCAACCUACAGAAGGGGAGGUGAGAACGGAGGUGGCCACCAGGACUGGUAGGUGGGGAAGGCAGGGGCCUUAUGGAUCAGAGCCUGGUGGGAGAUGGGAGGAGAAGAGUGGCUCCUAUUGGGAAUGAAAUGGAGUGUGCGCCUCUUGUCACUCAGCAUGUUUCUGCCACUGUCUUAUGUUCUCCCUUAACUGUAGUUUACAUUGUCAGUGUAAGUAUCUCACACAUUUUCUGAAUCUUUCAUAUUCAGUAUGGUGUGUAUGUGUGGCUUGUGUUUAUUUUUCACAUUGUAAAAGAUAUUGCAAGUUUAAUCCUCUCACUGUUUUUAGAGAAACUUUAUCCCAUUUAUAAGGCAUUUCCCACCCAUUAGACUGGUGUCACCUUCCUGUCCAAAGCCAGGGACAAAUUAUGGGAACUCAGUACCUGCUUCUAAGGCCAUACCACCCUUCCCCCAACCUGGAAGUCCCCCAGCUCCUCUGAGCCCUUGCUUUGCCUUAGGAUUUAGAAUUUUAGCAAACAUAGUGAAAUCUUGAUCUGACACAAUAAAAAAGGAAAUGAGGGUAGAGUCAGAGCACUGUCUCCCCCUCCCCCCCCCCACCCGCUGCAAUCCUCCUUGCUUUCUUAAGCCAGUUUAGGAAAAACUGGAUUAUGGGGACGAGAGGAGGAAUAUCCCUGAAGCUCUCUGCCUGCCCCCAUUCCUUUCAAUAGGAACUGGGCUUGGGGCCAGCUGUGCUUGCAGGGCUCCCGGCAGCUGUGCUAGGGCAAGAGGCACGGACAGUCGAGGUAAUAGGGGAGAGGUACUGCCAGGAUUUCAUAUACACUGGGGAAGGCAGAUUCAGCCUGGAUGCCUGGGAUCCCCAUCCGGAGUGGGUGGAAGCUGUGGGAGCCAGGAGGAGGCUCUGGUCCUAGCUAAACAACCUAGCCUUCCCCCAUCUUCCCAUAUCCAACUAGGUCUAUCCUCCAAGGCAAGCAGUUUAUUGUUCUGCCCCACUGACCUGUUUCUUUGUCUCCCUACUGCGUCCAUGUACAUCCUUCCAUUGUCCAACCACUUUCCCCAUGUACCCCAGGCUCCGUGAGUGCCACACUGUGGGGAGGGGGUGGGGGCCAUCAUGUCAUCGUAUCAGAAGGAACUGGAGAAAUACAGAGACAUAGAUGAAGAUGAGAUCCUAAGGACCUUGAGCCCUGAGGAGCUAGAGCAGCUGGACUGCGAGCUACAGGAGAUGGACCCCGAGAACAUGCUCCUGCCAGCUGGACUAAGACAACGUGACCAGACAAAGAAGAGCCCAACGGGGCCGCUGGACCGAGAGGCCCUUUUGCAGUACCUGGAACAGCAGGCACUAGAGGUCAAAGAGCGUGAUGACUUGGUUCCCUACACAGGCGAGAAGAAGGGGAAACCCUAUAUUCAGCCCAAGAAAGAAAUUCCAGUCCAGGAGCAGAUCACUCUGGAGCCUGAGCUGGAGGAGGCACUGGCCCAUGCCACAGAUGCUGAGAUGUGUGAUAUAGCAGCCAUUCUGGGCAUGUACACACUGAUGAGCAACAAGCAAUACUAUGAUGCUAUCUGCAGCGGAGAAAUCUGCAACACUGAAGGCAUUAGCAGUGUGGUGCAGCCUGACAAGUAUAAGCCAGUGCCAGAUGAGCCCCCAAAUCCCACAAACAUCGAGGAGAUACUGAAGAGUGUUCGAAGCGAUGACAAGGAGCUGGAGGAGGUGAACCUCAAUAAUAUCCAGGACAUCCCGAUACCCAUGCUAACUGAGCUGUGUGAAGCAAUGAAGACAAAUACCCAUGUCCGGAGCUUCAGUCUGGUGGCCACAAGGAGUGGUGACCCCGUUGCCAGUGCGGUGGCUGACAUGUUGCGUGAGAAUCGUAGCCUCCAGAGCCUGAACAUUGAAUCCAACUUCAUUAGCAGCACAGGGCUCAUGGCUGUGCUGAAGGCAGUUCGGGAGAAUGCCACACUCACUGAGCUCCGUGUAGACAACCAGCGCCAGUGGCCUGGCGACGCAGUGGAGAUGGAGAUGGCCACCGUGCUUGAACAGUGCCCCUCCAUUGUCCGCUUUGGCUACCACUUUACACAGCAGGGGCCACGAACUCGGGCAGCCCAGGCCAUGACCCGGAACAAUGAACUGCGUCGCCAGCAAAAGAAGAGAUAACACUACCCUUCCCUUUACCAACUAGAGCUCGGAGCCCUGAAAGCUUAAAUCCUCAUCUUGUAAAUAAAAGCCCUUCUGUCCGCUCU